AUGGAUCCUUCCACCUUCCUUCCUUCUUUACAAGCCUUCUGUGUGGUACUAUUGAUCUCCAUUCUGAACUUCUCCCACUGCGUUGCUGCGUCUGAAACUCAGAUCUUCCAUUCGAGCUUCGACGUCGUUGAGUUUGGUGCUGUUGGUGACGGGAGGACCAUUGAUACCACGGCGUUUCUAAAAGCAUGGGAAGUAGCAUGCCGGACAGCAGGCCCGGUGAAACUGGUCAUCCCUUACAGAAGAACCUUCUUGCUUGGUCCAGUCUACUUCAAUGGCAACUGCCGCGCUCAUUCCAUUCACGUCCAAAUACUGGGGAACAUAGUCGCACCUGCUUCUCCUUCCAGUUGGGCGGGCCAGAGCACAUCACACUGGCUUUCUUUCUACCAAGUGCAAAACUUAGUGAUCGACGGCACGGGCACGAUCGACGGCCGGGGCUCUGCUUGGUGGGAUUGUAAACGCCGUUCAGAUCAGGCUCUUGAAAUCAUUAACUGCCGGCGUGUUAAAUUGAGUGGUAUUACCUCUCUCAACAGCCAAGGUGUGCAUGUGAAGAUAGUGUUCAGCCAGUAUGUUACUGUCUCCAACAUCAAGAUAAUAGCACCAGAAGAGAGCCCAAACACAGACGGUAUCAAUAUGGGUGCCUCUCAGUAUGUAGAUAUCCAUGAUUGCAACAUUCAGACAGGGGACGACUGCAUUGCCAUGUUGGGUGGUUCAAAAUUCAUCAACAUAUCCAGAAUCUCCUGCGGACCAGGUCACGGAGUCAGCAUCGGAAGCCUCGGCAGAUAUUCGGACAUGGACAUUGUAGAACAUGUUUAUGUCACUGAUGUCAAUUUCUAUGGCACUACUAACGGUGCUCGGAUCAAAACAUGGCAGGGAGGCAAUGGAUUGGUGACAGACGUAGUGUUCAAGAACCUUUUCUUUUGGAGAGCCCAAAAUCCAAUCAUUAUCGACCAAUUCUAUUGUCCUAACCAGAAAAGCUGCCCAAUUUAUAGAGAAGCUGUGAAAAUACAAGGCGUGAGCUUCAUCAGGGCGGUCGGGACGACGACGAGCGAUGUGGCUAUCAACCUGAAGUGCAGCGACACCGUUCCUUGCACAGACAUUGUGCUAAAGUACGUGAACUUGCAAGCUGCAGAUCCCCAUGAGAAGACGAAGGCCUACUGCUCCAACACUCGAGGGUGGUCCAGCAGCAUCGUCCUCCCCCGUGUCCCCUGUCUAUACAGCCUGUAG